AUGGAAAAGCCCACAGGCAAAUAAAAGAAGGCACAGACCCCAGAGGGAGAAGUACGUGUUCAGAAGGACACUCCCAAGGAAGAUACAGCAUGUCGGAAAAAGAAGCCAAACCAGAGAUCCACUUUGGCCAAAAAGCACAGUAAGGAACCCGGCCUGAGUCGUGAGGACGAGGAACACAUGUUUGAGGCCUUCAGUGCUACAUUUAAAGAUGACUUUGAUGGGGUGCCUGUGUUCACUCCCUUCCAGGGGAAGAAGCCCUACAAAUGCAGCGAAUGUGGGCACGUGUUUAAGCACAAGACGGAUCACGUUCGCCACCAGAGAGUCCACACUGGAGAGAAGCCCUUCCAGUGCGCCCAGUGCGGGAAGACAUUCAGGCACAGCUCCGACGUGACCAAGCACCGGAGGAUUCACACCGGAGAAAAGCCCUUUAAAUGCAGUGAGUGCGGCAAAGCCUUUAACUGUGGUUCAAAUCUCCUAAAACAUCAGAAAACCCACACUGGAGAGAAGCCGUACGAAUGUAAGGAAUGUGGGAAAACCUUUGCCUACAGCUCAUGUCUUAUUCGCCAUCGGAAACGUCACCCACAGAAGAAGCACUGA